CGGUCUCCGGUUCUAGAACCUCUGGUCUCCUAGCAACGGGGCGGCGCCGCCCUGGCUCCCCUCUCUCCCGCCUUCCUCCACAAGGCCACUUCCUGUCCCCCGCCACCCGUCAUAGGAACCCCUAGUCCUCUUCUCCCCUCCUUCCCAGGGGCUCGAGACUACUACCCAUCUGCGGAGGGUGGGCGGCGGCGAGGCAUGGCAUCCACUCCUAUCAAGAAGGAGGAAAACAGCAGGCCGCCUGAGGCCGCGCUGACCUUGAUUGGAGGCCGGCAGAUCGCUCCUGCAGCUCUGGGACCGGUUCGCCUGUCUCCCUCCCAGAAGGCUUCAGUGUCCCGUUCUGAGGAAUCCCUGACUCAGAUCAGCACCGAGCUCACAGAAGAGGCCAUGUUAAUUGCUUGCUGCCAUGUGUACCCUGAGCCCCUCAAGCAAAAGCAGACAAAAGACCAAGGGACUCAGAUAUCCAAACAUGCGUUCUUCUCCAAGACCCAAGGCACAGACACCCGCUCUGACAGAAACUGGACUCGCACCAAGGCACACCUGCCAUCCCCUCUAGAAAAGAACUCCAACAGUAAGUAGCCUCCAUCCAGAAGAAAAGCCAGUGUCCUUCUAAGCACCGUGGGAUUCCCUCCCCACACUGUCUCAGACCUUGUGGCCUGAACCUGCUCUCCUUGUUUCACUGUCCUGACUUUGGACAUACUUGUGUUUGUGGAACUCAAGGGAACUCAGGUGGAAAUGCCCUGUGGACAGCUCGAUUCUCAGCUAGUGAAAGGAUCCAGAGGCCUCAUGAGGGAACUGGGGGUGGGGGACAGUAUGUGCUUGGCCUGCAGGGUUUAGGUACCGAAGACAAGAGGGUGGUGCCCCAGGGACCCUCCCUGUGGGGGCUGCCAGCAGAGGAGAGAGGCUCAGGAAGAAGGUGGAGAAGGGCCUGACGACCAGCACAGGCUUAAGGAGCAUCUCAUGACGUUCAGAGUCCUCCAGGCGGUGGGGCUUGGAUCUCCGCCUCAAGGAUUCAUCACCAAGACCUGGGGCAAGAUACAGCUGAGAAUAAGCCACCACCAUUGUCCUCAAGGAGCUGACUUUGUGUGCCUCUGGGACAUCUGAUCUCUCACCUGGGAUGGUGUUAGAAACCGCUUGGAGUAUCAGAAAAGCCCCGGCCUUAAUAAUAGUUCAUCUUGUUAAACCGGUAGUUAGCACUGUGCAAGUUCUGUCCUUCUCUCCACCUGCCAGGAAGCCCUGUCAGUA